AUGUCUCGCCCUAGCAGCAAUGUCAAUUUUGACCCUUCCAAGCUAGAAGAUAUACCCUGGCCUGAUCAGCGUUUCUUCGGGCUUUUCGGGCAUAUACCAGAAAUGGAUGCAAGCUUUCCUUCCCAGUCGAUUUGGAAAAUGGCCGAUCUGUACGGACCAAUUUUCAAACUGAAGCUGGCGGAGGACAUUGUGGUAGUUUCUUCGCAGCAAUACGUGAAUGAGAUUUGCGACCAAGAUCGAUUCGAGAAACUACCGAGCGGGCCCCUUACCGAGCUUCGACCCUUGGUUGGUGAUGGACUGUUCACUGCUUACCCUUCCGAGACAAAUUGGGGGAAAGCCCAUCGCCUGUUAGUUCCAGCUUUCGGACCACUCGGUACCCGCAAGAUGUUCGACGAUAUGCUUGAUAUUUCCUCACAAAUGGUCCAGAAGUGGGAUAGACUUGGUGCCCAGAAUGAAAUUGACAUGGCCGACGAUCUGACCAGGUUGGCAUUUGACACAAUCGGUCUGUGUGCUUUCAGUUUCAGAUUCAACGAGUUCUAUGGUGAGCAGCCGCAUCCAUUCGCAGAACAGAUGGCCCGGGUUUUGCUGGCGUCUGGCAAGCGAGCUUUUAGACCCGGGUUUGUCAACCAAAUGUUGGCUUGGAGCGAGCAUCAGCGCCAGGAAGACAUCUGCAAAAUGCAUGCUGUGGCGGACGACAUCGUUAAAGAUCGGAAAGCACACCCGCAGCCAAAUAACAAGGAUCUACUGAACACAAUGUUGUUGACGGCCGACCGAGAAACUGGUGAAAGACUUUCGGAUGAAAACAUUCGUUUCAAUCUAGUGACAUUCCUUGUUGCCGGUCACGAGACAACCAGUGCUAAACUAUGCUUCCUCUAUUAUAACUUGCUCAAGUACCCCGAGACAUUUAUCAAGGCGCAGCAAGAGGUUGACAAAGUCGUUGGAGACUCGGUCCUGACCGUUGAUCACCUACCAAGUUUGAUCUACCUUGAUGCAUGCAUCAAAGAAACGUUGCGUCUGUCCAGUCCUAUCCCCACAUUCAUAGUCAAGCCAAAGCACGACACGUCCCUAGGCGGGCGAUACAAAGUUUCAUCCAACACGUGGAUUCAGUGCAACAUGCGCGGGUUGCAUACAGACCCCACCAUCUCUGCAUCCGCGGCAUGGUCAACCGAGACCCUCUGGAUAAAGAAUGCCCCAACUGGAAACUCCACGGUGGACGGAGACACUCCAUAG